CCAUUUUGCUUCACCUGAAAAUCUGUUUUGUUUGGGGAAGGAGGCGAGGCUCGAUACUCUCCCAAUUAUUUCAGCUUAGAGCAGCUUAGUGUGGUCCAGCUUAAAGGCACAGCAUACUGAAACCUUCCCCUAGCCAGCCUGACUCUCAAACACGCACCAUUGAGCAGAAAAGACGAGAAAAAAGCGGAUAAUACAAGGAAAACAUUUACAGUGGCGAAGGAAGGAAGGAAGACUUGACUGCUCCUCUUCUUCUUCCUCCUCCUCCUCCUCCUCUUCCUCGCCUUGUCUUCGUAAUGUCAGUCGUGUUGAUGUGAGUUGCUCCCUGACGCCAGAGGAAGUAAUAUGAACAGCUCUCUCAUAUUUAGCUCUUUUACUCAGCCAACAUGACGUGGGAAUGAAAAUAUGAUGACCAUGAUCAACCUAACCUAACGAACGUAACCUAACCAUGCUAUUGGUUACAAGGGUGUUGAGAAAGAUGUAUCAGCGGUGCGUGUCGCCUCAACUAGGUGACGUCAGCUAGGUUGGGUGAAACAAGAUGUUUUGGAAGUAUAAUUUUUGUUCCUCGGCUCAGAUCGAAACUCUUCUACAAAAGGAAGAUGUUACCCUUUCUGAACUUAUGGAUGAGGAUGAACUCCUUCAAGAAUGCAAGGCACAAAACAAGAAACUCAUAGACUUCUUGACCCGGGCUGAGGUGCUUGAUGAACUGGUGUACCUGGUGGUGAAUGAACCGUCGGCUGAUGGGGAGCUUCAGAUGCGCUUCAAGUAUGCCAAUCUUGCAGCUGAGCUCCUCACUGCCGACGUUCCCGCCAUCAUUGACAAACUUGUGGCCUCGACGAGCUUGCUGGACAUCUUGUACAAAUUUUUGAAGAAGGAGAAGCCACUUAAUCCUCUUCUGGCAUCUUUCUUCUCCAAAGUGCUGGGAAUGCUGGUACAAAGGAGGUCAGAGCAGAACUGGUAUUCCUAUCAGUUCACUUGCUUCCAGGUGUUGGACUUUUUAAAAUCCAAAGGUGAUUUUGUUGAGCUUGCGGUACAGCACGUGGGGACCUCAGCUAUCAUGGACCUGCUGCUCAGGCUUAUUUGUAAUGUGGAGGAGGACGAGAUACGGCAGGGUGUGCACCAGUGGCUGAAUGAAUGUCAGCUGAUAGAACGACUUGUAGAAAGAUUAUCGCCAGAGGCUGACCCUGAUGACCACUCCAGUGCUGACAGUAUCCUUUGUGAGAUCAGUGCCUCCUGCCGGGAUGCAACUAACGAUGCCCAGCAGUCUACCAAUCCACUCCUACAGACUUUAGAAAGUGAAGAAACAAUAAGCAAGCUCCUGGACCUUCUCUUACAUGAAGAACGGAACGAGUCGUCUCUGGCACAUGUCAUUAAUAUCCUGCUGACUCUUCUCUCUGCUCGGUCAUCAAGUAUUCAACAACCACAACAGCAACUGCAGCACCAACAAUUACAACAACAGCAGCAACAGCAGCAGCAGCAGCAGCAGCAGCAGCAGCAGGAACAGCUUGACCAAGAACAAGGGUUGCAGCAGUCAACGUCCAUAGACUCUAGUGACAGUGCUUGCAGUGAAGGAAAGACAAAUAUAGUUGCUAGAACAGUGGCCAAGCGUCUGCCAGACCUGCACAACAUUCUCCUUCAUCCACCAAAGAAAGGGUUGCUAGUGACAGCAUAUGGGCAGGAGGUGGAGCGUCUGGGUAGUACCCGUCUUCAGGUUGUGACUCUAGUGGCUGCGCUGGUGGUUUCCAAUGACCCCAUCGUCCAUAACGCUCUCUGUGAACUCAACACGGUCGAACAUUUAUUGGAUCUAUUUUUCAAGUUCAUGUUGAAUAAUUUCUUACACACACAAGUGGAGCAGUGCCUGACAGCUAUUCUCACCAAGGCCCCGGCCCCCACCUCACCCCAGGGAGCAAGUGACCACCUCUUACUCACCCAGCUCUUCACUCAGUGCCACAUCGUUGAAAGGAUCGUUGCCGCCUACGAGGACAACAGUGAAUCACAAGAUGGUAAGCAAAUCCACAACAUGAGGGGGUACAUGGGACACCUGAGGAAGAUUGCCAAUGCCAUCGUGCAGCAGGCAGAGUUUGGUCCCAAUGAACAUCGCAUCAAGAAACUCAUUCAGGACUUGCCUGGAGACAAAGCAACGCAAUGGGAUGAAUUUGUCUCCAACACCCUGGCUGAGGAGAACCGCAAGAAUGAGAUCACACCUCUACCGGUUCAGGGGAUCCAUCAUCACCUUGAAUCUGAUGACGAUUCCGACGAUGUUUCAAAUUUUUAUCCACAAACCUUUGACAAUCCCAUUGUCAAGCAGAUGACCUACAUGCUAAGCAUUAGCUCUUCUGGGAGCGAGCAUGAGUCUGGGCUUACUGAAGGGGAGGCAGACCAGCCAGAUGAGGGCCCAUCCUUUCUCCAAGAGGGUCAUGAUGAGGAGGAUGGGGGGGAGAACAAGGACAGAGUGCUUUGCCACCAUAUGGAAGCUUCCCAGGUGUGGGGAAGAGACCAGGGCUUCAAGGAGAUGGACAUGGAUGUCAUUGGAGAUUUCCGCUAUGCUGAUGAUGAGUUCAAGGACCAGGAUGACAAUCUGAGUGGUCCCCUGCAGCGGCUCACAACUCAGGCCCUGGCACUGUCUGGAGCAGCUGGUGUGGGCGGAGGGUCACCGGGCAGUCAAGGUGUGGAGGGCGGCGGCGAGGCAGGUAUUGGAGACCGUGAUGUGUUCGAGGAGCUGUGUGCUAACCAUCGUUCAAGCAUGGGCGAGUUUGAUGACAUGUGGACAGAUAAAGAAAAGCAAAUCACCUUCACCCAGGAACAGCACCAGGAAGAAAGUGAGAAGGACAAGGAUCAAGCUUCCAGUUCAGAGGAUGAGGAUGAUGACAUUUCAGGACUAAGAGCUGGUGAGACAAAGAUGGAAGUCGAUCAAGACGGUGAGUACCACAAAUGGGCAGAAGUGUUUGACAAGAGGAGUGGUGAUGAAAACGGCAAGAUUGAGGGUGCCAACCCGUGGGAGACGGGCCCCAUGUCAGACACUUCAGACAACAGUGGAUGGGCAGACUUCAGUGCAUUCAGCAGCUCAGCAAGUGUUGAUCCAUUUGGAAAGAAACUUGCUCCGGAGGGUUCGGCUUUUACGCCAGACUUCAGUGAAGUGUUUGGCGCCCCCGCUGUGCCGCCGCAGGAGAGCUCAACUGCAGUGUUUGGGGAUAAUGCAUCCAACCAAGAGGCCUUCAGAGCAGACUUCUCUAAUAUAAAUUUUGAUUCAUCUUAUGAAACUAACUGUGAUGACCACAAGAACUCUGUUACCUCAACUGGGGAGCCUCAGAACAGUGAAUUGGAGAGAGCAGAUAGAAUGGAGACUAAGAGAGAGGAGGAGGAGGAGGAGCUGAUGGAUAACUUCAACUUCCUCUCAUCUCGAGGCCUCAUGACGAAGAGCUUAGAGGGCUGCAGUGAGCCAGGUACGGCCAGCCCCGCCACUCUCGCCACAAGUGAGGCAGGCUCUGCAGACAACAAACCCGCACAAGAAGAGGUAGCGUCAAGUCCUGAAACUCCUAUUGAGAGCUAAUAUUUUCCCAGGGCAAGAAGUGGGAGGGUGAGCUGCAUGAGGAUGUAGGGUGAUUGGUGACGCAGCAGCACGACAACAUCUCAGGACAAGACAUGCCUGAUGUGUACUUCCAGUCUGAAAUGCUCUAACCUUUAAAGAAAAAAAAAAUCCAAGAAUUCUCCUUUGAGUUGAUUCCUUUGAAUUUAUCAAGAUUGCUGUUCUCUUCAGAGUAACAUAUUUUGAAAGGCUCAGUGAAAUGCACAGUGCUAAAUUAUUGGAUGGAAAAAAAAUAAAUAAAAGGAGUUAUUAUGUUGGAUUUCACUCAGCCAAGGUCUAAAUGUACGUUACAGAAAUAUGUGCCUAAACAAAUUAAAGCAGGAGGAAAUUGUUAUCUUUCCGCCGUUAGAAUUUUAUCUUACCCGAGUGUAUUUAUUACGUGGUGUAACCAAAACUUGAAUGCUCAUGAGAAGGUGUUGCCAAUAUAAUGUACUGGAUUUUAAUAUCUAGUGUCUAUACAGGUCAGGAACCGGAUCAAAAUGAAUGAUACACGUCCAUUCUCGUGAUAAACUUCUCCAUACUGUUUUUAUCAGCAUCAGGUUGCAGCAUACCAGAGAUAGACAUAAUAUAUAUAUGAUAUUUAUUUUAGUCAAAUAAACACCUUAUAUAUUGGGAGUGUGUAAAGGUGUGUAUAGGAUUCAUCACAAUCGUGGAGUCAUUGCUGCCUUGGGCUUUCUUCGUGAGUUUGGUUCUUGUAUUUGGUGUGAUAAUAUGAGGACUGAGGUAGUUUGUUUUGUCUAACACGAAUGGCCAAGAUAGGCGCGUGGCCGCACGGCUCAGAAACACUUCCAGAGCAUGUAGCUCUUUCAUGUUGAUGUUGAAAUUGCUAUGUGGUCUUGACUUGUUGCUGUUGCCAAAUGUUAUAAAUAUGCAGAUUUUACUUUUCAACCUGUGCACUUGGUCUGUCUUGUGCUCAUUAAGUGUUAAUCAACCAUUCCACUUGAAAGUCAUCAGAAAGUAUACAAUAUGUUUUGCUUGUUAUAAAUUUCUGAAGGAUAACUUCAGUUUCUUCAGCACUAAGAGUUCAUCAUGCUCCUCACAACCUUAUUGCUAAUACUGGUACUUUUAAAGAAAACUUUUGGGUGCUCCUCUGUGCCAGAAAGUGGUGUGUAUCAAGUGUUCUUGGCUCAAAUUUGGUAGAACACCAAACUAGUACCAUAGGUGAAAUUGGUUUGUAUUAGCUUGACACUGAGAGACUUAAGAAAUUUAAGGCUGAUUGUCUCAUUGGUUUUGUGGAGUCAGACUUUUAUACUUCAUAAGUGAGUCUUGAUCAGUGGUGUCUGUGAUGGAGCAACAAUGCCUGGUAUUCUACAUCUCUAGAUAUUAAAAGAAAAAAAGUUUAUUUGGUGCUAUUGUUAAUUCCUUGAAGCAACGGCUAUAUUAAACUGACUACAAAUUUAGUAUAUUAUAUAGUCAUUUAAUUUGCAACAAAUUAGAAUAAUUGUUAUCUUUUAUGGGUUAAAAACCUGUGUUGCACAUAUACAUUUAUAUAUACAGUAGAGCCUUUCAGUAGUGCAAUGUUAACGUGUUUGAAGACAUUUUCGUAUUCCAUAGUCUUAGUAUAUAGCAGCAAUGCAAGACUGCAUGAGUUUUAUUUUCUGCCGCUUGUCUUAGGAUAUACUAAAUUGGCAGUGGGAGUUAAAUGUCACCCACUGAACCAACUGUUUGCCAGACCUAUGCGCCAAACCAGUAGCACUGCAUCUGUGUUGUACUGAAGGUGGAUGUUACUUGUCAUGUGUUGAACUAGCGCCACAAGCCAUUGGCUCCAUGCAAGCCAAGCUGCAGCUAUUAACACACUGAUGUAGUAAUGAGUAUUGUUUACUGCUCACUAAAUUGGUGCCAGAUAUUUGCUACUCUAUGCAGGUAAUAAGUGUUAAUUUCUGCACAUAGAAACAGCCGUACAUGAAUGCACUUUCAGGUGAAGCUUGCAGUGCAUCAUGUGAUACACUGUACAUGGGACAGGCAGUGAGUACUACCGGGUAAACAUGCAAGAGCAGACUCGCUGAGGUUCGCAACCCAGUUUUCUAUUGGUAUUAUUCUUCUAACACAUGGUAUUAAUGGUCAUGGUGGCUCUUUAUCUUGUGCUGUUGAAAGACUCUACUCUAUAUUAUGGUACAGCAGUAAAACUUUACAAACAGUCCCACAGUACAUGCUCCCCUUUUUCAGACUGUGAUGAAAGAUGCAGUUUUUAGGUUAAUGAAGUCUUUAGGACAGCUGUUCCCUGUGUGAAGGAAUAUCCAAAUUGUUCCUAGAUAAUAUAGCCUUUACUGUAAUAGAGUAUUCAUGUUGUUCUAAUUUCUGUUGUGUACAGAUCUUGGUGAUCCAACCCCCAGGUUAUUAUGCGAUAGAUCUAUUGGUCCCCUCUGUUUAAUUCCACUAAGAGAAUUUUUAAAGUCCUAGUAAUAAAUGCUUUGGUGCCAGUGUUUGUUCUACAGUGUGUCUGGUUUCAGAGAGUUGGUGAGGGUGGCAUUCCAUUGUCAUUAGUGACAUCACCACCACCUAUGAACCCCCUGCAGCCCACCCUGUUGAGGGCUGCUUGCACUCAUCAUAUCAGUAUGUGAACAACAUUGUGAUUAUCCUCAUGUAAGAUUGAAAAUGAAGUUAUCAUUACUGAAAUGAUUUUUACAAUAGCAUUCUCAUUGAAAGUGCUUCUUUGUGUAUGAAAAAAACUGUUGGCGUUGAUGGUAAUACUCAUGCCUUGUACGAUUCCUAGAGAAAUCCUUAUGAAGUUGUACAUAAAGGAUACAUUUAAAUAUA